AUGGCCCUCUGCAACUACAGCUACAACUCUCUGUGUGGUAUCAACACAUCCUGCGUCUCCCAAGUCCCCCCAUCAGAAGUGGUCAUCCAACCCCCGGCUUUCCACAUCACAAUCCCAGGACCAGUCAUGUCUGCCAGCCCCGAACCAGUUGCUGUGGCAGGAAACACGCCGUGCGCCACCGGCAGCUGCUAUGAACCCUGCUACGGUGGAUGGGGUGGCUAUGGCCCCAAAAUUGGCUCUGAGGAGGAGGCUCACCUCCGUCCUUCAGACAUGUCUUUCUUCUCUCAGUCUUGUGUCCCAUCCUGCUCCAUCCCGUGCAGCAGGCCUUCCCAUGGCAUUGGACAUUGUGGCAUCGGCGGUGGCUUCGGCGGUGGCAUCGGCGGUGGCAUGGGGGGUGGCAUUGGGGGUAGCAUUGGGGGUGGGAUCGGGGGUGGGAUCGUCAGCUAUGGCGGUGGUGGCGGCGCUGUGUCAUCCAGCAGCCUUGGUGUCGUCCCCGGUGUCCCCCAGUCCUGUAUCAGCCAGAUCCCACCAUCCGAAGUGACGAUCCAGCCAGCUCCAAUUACAUUGACCAUCCCAGGACCCAUCCUGUCUGCCAGCUGUGAGCCUUUGGCCGUUGGAGGCUAUUCCCCAUGUGCUAGUGGCUAUGGAGGUGGCUAUGGAGGUGGCUAUGGGUAUGGAGGCUCUGGAGGCUAUGGCUACGGUUCUUCCCGCUAUGGACUGGGGGGCUCUGUAGGUGGGUACCUGGGCAGAUCCAGCUAUGGGUCAAAGCGCAGGCAAAGCAUCUGCGGGCAUCCCUGCUAA